AUGGCUACUACUCCAGAGCCAUCCUUGGGUGCCUUGUCGAGCCAAAACGAUGCUUUAUGGGAAGAAGCCUAUGAGAAGUUCAAGCGUGAUGACCCAGAAUUGUAUGAGCGGCUGCAAUCAAUCAUAAGCAAGGAUCCCAAUGUCAAAAGUAAUGUAGGACUAGAGCAACAACUCGGUGAUCUGCUUCUCAGGAAACUUCGGAUCAUGGAGGAUAAGCAGUGGGUAUUUUAUUGGCGCAAGAAAGCCAUCAAAAUUGGACCGCAGUUUGAUAAGAUUGUCAAACUUUUCAAACUAGUUAAACCUAUUGGUGAUACUGCCGCUGUAAUUGAUCCCGUUCAUGCGGGAAUUCCCUGGACUUGUGUUUCGGUUUUAUUGCCGCUCAUUUUAAACCAUUCUGAGGAACAAGAGGCGGCACUGAAUGGGUUGCAGGAAGUGGUAGAGAUUGUUCAGCAAUUCACAUCGUUCGAUUGGGAUCACCUUAAUAUCCCAAAAGAAAAAUCUGAGAAGCAGCUGAAGGGAUCUAUCGUGACAUUAUACUGGAAAAUACUUCGCUAUGAGGCGACAGCGAUACAUAAUUUUAGCAGACACACAUUAUCAAGAUAUGCUGCAUCUAUUGCCAGGAAGGAUGAUUGGAAGACUUUGCUCAGCGAUGUCGAGGUUUACAAGAACAAUUUUAUGACCGACCUUCAAUUGAAUGACUCCCAAAUUGGAACAGGGAAGACGUCUAUUAUAUCCACUAUCAUUGAGUCGUUCUACUCCGAUAUUGCCCGGCAAGAUGAGAAGCGCAUGGUAUAUUUCUAUUGCAUCUCGCCAACAACAUCAAGCGACGUUAUUCGAAGCCUUGUAUCCCAGUUAGCAUGGACAUUAGACGGCAACGCAAUAGAACCAAAUAUUAUUAGUAUGUUCAAUGCUACGAAACCACCCGACCCUACUAUUCCGAAACCUGAGGACUGGUCCGACGCGCUUCUAAAACUAUGUCAACGACUCAGAAAAGUCAUCAUCGUCAUUGACGCCCUUGACGAAUGCAAAGACUUCAGUAAGCUUUUAGCAACACUGAAAAAAUUUCAAGUCAAGCAUCUUGAUAGUGUCAAAUUAGUUUUCUCCAGUCGAUUAAAUGUUGAUGUGGAGAAGGUAUUCUCUGGAUCAGACGGCGUUAUUUUAGCCGUUGAAGAUACAUCGCGGGAUAUGUCUACAUACAUUGAGAAUGAAGUGAGAGCUAAAGAGGAAGAUAUUGAAUGCGACGACGAGACGGCGAAACGACAGAUCAUUGAUCGGAUAGUGCUUGUUUUAACGAAUUUUGCAGGUGGAAUGUUCAAAUGGGUAACCCUACAACUAGCAAUCAUGUUUCCGAUUGAGACACAAACUUUCUUACCAGAAAACAUCGAGAUUCAGCUGCUGAAUAUAAAAGAUCGAAAUCUUUCUUUGGAGCAAUCCUUGAACGAUGCAUACGAAACGGUUUACAUGAUGAACACCAAGCCAGGGGCCUACAACGCCAGCGUCUUGAACAAUUUUGUUAUUCAGAGUUCAGAAGGCACGUUUCGAUUUGCCCAUUUAUCUGUUGAGGAGUACCUUAUCAGUCAUUGCGGGUUCAAAGUCGAGUUCCAAACCGAAGAAUGUCAUUUAUUCGUGAUGAAGAUGUGCUUAAAUCUUUUGGUACACAAAAGAGUCGAUUCAGGCACAAAACCAGGGCUCAAACGCGGCUCGGUGGCUUCCGCCAUAAAGAAGACGUUAAUGCUCGCCCAAGAACCGGCCAAUUUUCUAGCCUAUUCCAUCUCUUAUUGGGCCUAUCACUCCAAUAAAGCCACAUCAGAGAAGCGAUGUAAAGAUCUCCUAUAUAAGCGUUUUGCUCUUGGAGCCACGAUAAGCCCUUCACUCAAGUGGUGGUAUACUCAAAUUGAUGUCGGUAACUACUCAGGAAGCACAAGAUUUCAAAUCAUGGAUAUUGCAGAUCGAAUUCUGGGCGAUCUUCCACGCUCAGAUAAAUAUCCGUCAAAGAGUCGUCUUAGAAUGUUAGGAGCAGCCUUCAACCUUCCCGAACUAAUACAGAACUCACUCGAUAAGUAUAAAGAAUCAAUUGAUGAGCCGUUACGCUUUGAAACUACUCCACUGCUUGUGGCAAUUCGACAUGGCAGUCCUGAUUCUGUGAAGUAUCUCCUAGAUUGUGGUGCUAAUCCUCAUCUAAUUUCGUCCGCUCAUAGACACCAUAUAAAAUACGCAAAUAUGGGUAGGCCGAUUGCUGAUGAGGAUAUGGUUUACUGGGUAAUCGCGAAGGGUGGUAAUCCUCAAGAGAACCUCGAGGAACGUUUGCAGGUAGAAGAAAUUCUCCUGAGUCAUGAGCGCAGUCGCCAGGCCUUUAUCGAGCAGCUUGAAAGACAUCUAGAGAAAGAUACCCAUUCGGAGCCGUUACGAGCCUUGGAAACUCUUUAUAGAGCUGCUGAUGAAACUCCAAUAUCCGCGAAGAUACUUGAGUACAGAAUAAAAACCAAAGGCUUGGGAGAAUUAGCUGAUGUGUUACACCAAAUUGAUGAAGAGACUAUUAACGACAAAAUGGUACUGGGAGUCAUCCGUUUCGACUCCUACGAAACUGUGGAAAAAUUGUUCGAAUUGAAACAAAUCACUCAUAUCACAGAGGAUAUGAUUCGUUGUGCCUUGAAAAGCAGCGAUUCUCGUAUUCUCGCAUACUUCAUGACUCAGUCCAAUAGCAGCCUUCUAAGAAGAGAACUGGUCAUUGAUGAAAAGCCUGGACAGGAAGAUAUGUGGAAAGUCAUUCUCGAUGUGAAAGCUGAGCUAGCUAGGUUGAGAUCUAGCGUUGAUACUUUGAAUUUUAUCAUACGCCUGCGAGGAUCCCUAGAUGGCUUAAUCACAGAGGAAGCUGCUCUUAGCGCUUUAAAAAGUGGUUCUUCUGAACUGUACAAUUUGAUGUUGGUUAAUGUUAAGGAUCAAUCGAUAUUGAGGAUGAAAGCGGAAAAGUUCGCGGGAGAGAGACGUUAG